CGGAAUGGUGAAUGAGUCCCACGCAUCGGGGCUGCGCUUAUCGAUGGCGUACGGGCUGUGGCGCAUUUCAGUUUACCUUCGUUGCUCGAACAGCUCACUAGCAAAACAACAAAUGUGUAAGAAGCAGAGAAAGAUAUCAUACGUGCAGUGAUUGUGGUGAGAGUGAUAAAGCUUGACACCCAUUUGUGAGUAAGCAGCUUAACAAGCUAACGCGCAAAAUAGUGACAUAAAGCUUCUGAAAUCAAGUCACCAACGUUUUUGCGUAGUUACGUACAGGCGAAACGAAAACCAAAAAAAUAACAUAAUCAGCCGGAACCAGUUUAGGGUGAAGAAACGCAUAAAACCGACUCAAAAAAAGAGGCACAGGAAGUUGAUCCCUUUGAACAAGCACCCAAACAUCAACACACACAUACACCUGCAGCUACCCUACGGAAGAACAUCCAUCCAGCAGCAGCGCCAGCAGAACCGGGAGGAUGGAAAAGCCGAAAGCGAACGACACAGCAUCGGCCAUUCCGGUGGGUUCUCCAUCGGCGAAGGGCGUUCAUCGCUAUGCAGUUAAUACGGAGAAGAGCGGUGAAAUCAUCGUCACAGUGCAGGGCGAUCUUUCACAACAGGAAAAGCGAGCCGUCUUCCUUACCGUGCACGAUCUGGGAACGAACCAUUCAUCGUUCGAGGAGUUCGUCAACAGUGCGUGCAUGAUUGAAAUCAAAGAACGGUCGUGCUUUAUUCACAUCGAUGUACCCGGCCAUGCGGAUAAUGCGCCCAAUUUGGCCGACUCCUUCCAGUUCCCAUCGCUGCAGCUGCUGGGCGAAGAGUUGGUCACGGUGCUCGACUUCCUGCACGUAAAGUACGUGAUCGGUGUUGGCGAGGGUGCGGGCGCUAACGUGCUGGCCCGGUUCGGCCUCGCCCAUCCUUCCCGCUGCCUGGGGCUGAUUCUGAUCAACGUUACCGGUUCGGCCGCGUCCGUGCUGGACGUGUUUAAGACGAAGUUCAUCUCGUGGAAGGGUGACGAAGUGGGCCAGUCGGCCGAGGACUUUCUGCUGUAUCACAAGUUUGGCUACGUUUUCUCCGAGCAACUGGUGGGCGACAACCCGGACAAGGAGAAGAUUGUGUCCGAGUUCCAGAGCCGUCUGCACAGUUCGCUGAACAGCAAAAAUCUAAAGCAAUACGUCAAAGCAUUUAUGUCGCGCAAAGAUUUGCCCCUGAAGAAUUGCAAGGUCGAUUGUCUGCUGAUUACCGGCAUCAUGAGCCCGUACGCCAGCGUUGUCGAGAAGCUGUACAAGGAUUUGAACAAGGAGAAGGUUACGCUGCUGAAGGUGGAACGUGCUGGUGACGUGUUGGCGGACGCUCCCGCCAAGGUGGCCCAGUCCAUUCUGCUGUUCUGCAAGGGCCAGGGCCUGCUGACGUCGGUUGCUAUGCCCGGUGUCGACCGGAACCGUGCGUUCUCGACCAGCUCCAGCGGCUCGACCGAAGGAUCGACGGGCGCACGGCGCCUGUCCCGUGGCAUGUCCAUGGAGGACUACGACAAGCCCAACAUCCGGCGGCUCAGCGUCACGAUCAACGAACAGCUGCCCCCGAUCAAGAAAUAGAACGAUCUGUGCCGGUCGGGUAACAACGGGCCGGAAUUCGACGAGGAAGUGCCGGACGAAGCGGAGGAACAGUAAGGGCGCAGGUUUUGUUUCCCCCACCUCCCCGGCAAAGCUUACCAAUUUGUUCGAUGAUGUUUCUCUACUGCGACCGUUUCGCAGUAAGUGGUUUAGAGAGAAAAAGAGAAAACAGAGAGAGAGAGAGAGAGAGAGAGAGAGAGAGAGAGAGAGAGUAUGUGUAUCCCGAUGAUAGGUGGAAAAUGAUAUCCAAUUUCGCUGAACGUUCGAAUUUGCAACAUACAAGAAACCAGAAACAAAACCACCAUUUAAAGAAAAAAACAUAAACAAAACCAACGUCAGACGAUAUCUACUUCCUUGCAUAUAUCUAGCGUAGUGAACGAUGUAUUCAAGUAUAGCAACAUUUAGCGCAUGAACAAGCACGUACUGUUAGCUCGUGGAAAAUAUUUUUAUCUAAAUGUAGAGCCACAGAAUAGGCAAAAUAAAAAACAAAACAAAACCAAAACGAAACCUUUGUAACCUCAAACACUGAACACUAAAAGCGUUUUUAACGAAUCGGCUCCCAAACAAACUCUCUGACUGUUGCUUUUCUACAGACCGAGGGUACGUGUGCACCAUCAUCAAAUUGGUUGCUCUUGUUGCACAAUUUCCACCAAAACAAACAUUGUCUUGCCGGAAGGGCGCUCAGGACCGGACAGCCGAAUGGGAGUCACUUCGAGCAUCAUUUCGCUCCCAAACUUCUCGGCGAAGCUGAGCGAAUUCAGAUUUUGUAUGAGGGCACUACUGCUGCCACUACCAUUGCUGCUUCUAUUUGAUAGCGAGAUAUAUUCGAUAGGGUAUCGAUCGAUUUGUAUGAUUUCUAGAGAGCCUAUAUAUAUACACACAAACCCCUUACAAACUCCUUAUUGAUAUACAGCAGGUGUAUACACUCACACACAACUAUUUAAAAAUUAGCCAGCUCUGGUGGAGAAGACGGCUGAACAAGUGGAAUGAAGCAACGUAUAAUUAACUCGUAACACAUAUAUACAUGUAGCAAGUAGAGCGAUGGAGCAGCACCGUUUUCAUAAUCAUAAUUGAAAGAAAAGUCUUCAGCAGAGAAGCAACAAAGUACGAGAACAACUCAUUAAAACUAUACACAAAAAAGUAUAUACAAAAAGCCUAUAUACCUAUAUUUUGUCUCUUUUUACCCUGAACCAAAUACGAUGGCGAGAAGGUGGCGGAGAGGAAGCCAAGAGUGGCCAACAUUUAACCACACAUAACAAAGACAGCAAAACGAAGCUUGGAAAGGGGGGGGGGGGGGGGGCUAGAGCGUGUAAGUCUUUCUAAGUAUUCUUUUACUGUGUUGAAAGUGAAAAAGGAAGCAAACGGAAAAGAAUGAAUGUGGAAAAAGGUAUAAAAAAAAAAGAUUGCAAACAAACAGAACACAUUGAUUAACAAGCCAAUAUAAACUAAAUAUGCCAACAGAAGUAGAUGAAGCUAAUAAAAAAAACAAAACAAAAAACAAAUGAAAUCGUUAAAAAUGCAAAAUUGAAGACCUUUAACAGGUAGGAAAAGAAUACACAAAAAACUGCAUCGGAAAAUGCUAAUUUACGCGCAUUAGCCAGUCUUCUCCUAGAGGGAGCCAUUGUCUAGCGUUGAGCGUUUAGGCUUUCGUUGCACGAGCGCAAUAACCAAGCCGCUUUGAUCGUCUAGUUGCGUAUUGUGAUCAUUAGGCAGGCUACCGAGCUGAGGAGCUAGGCACAAACAGCAUGUGUUCUAUUGGUUUUUUAGUUUUAAUCAUUCAGGUUGAUGCGCGCCAUGCGUCACUUGCUCCGAAGGCAAGGAGGCAAAUAAGGAGGCUACCUUUGAGCGAAAAACGUUGCGAAACUUCUGCACCGUGGACCGGUACUGGAUGCCGCCAUUGGCUAACAUGCGUAGAAGCUGCAACAAUUAGAAAGCCGACCGGAGCGGUUGAAUGAAUAAUGGUCGCAAAUUAUUGGUAGAGGAUUCGUAGUCCUCCUCAAAAAAAAGAAAGAAAAAGAAAACAAAAAACAACCGCCAUUUGCAUCUUAUAACUAAUACCACCAUUAAUCAUGCGAAACGAUUAAAUGCGUGCGCGUCAGAACGCCCAAACACGCCCUCUAAACGCAAAUAUUAGUACAUAUAUCUUACUUAGUGAAUAUAGUUGCCGAAAACCGUG